CUGAUUCCGGCCAUUACAAAAAAAUUACCAGGAUAUCGGCACCAUUCUGGUGCGAUUGAAAAAAUUUUAAAACAACAUCAUAAGACGCAGCGUCGGACAGCAACAAUAAAUGCUGAUCUAAAAUUAAAGGCCUACAAUCGCGCCAGAAUGGAGAAAAAUAGUAAGGUGAAUGAG